AUGACCUGCGGCCACUUCCUCCACUGCGAGCUGCAGCCCCAUCAGACCGCGGCUCGGGACGCCUUCGUCAAGUGCUACCUGGAAGCGUCGCCGCGGGGGACCGCCUGGGACAAGCUCCCCGCCCAGCGCGUGCAAAGCUUCGAGGAAGGGAGCGGCUCCAAACUGGACGAGGCCGAGGGGGCGUUUCUCGAGGGCUCGCUGCGCUCGAUGAUGAAGUACCUCGACGAGUACUUCUUCUUCGGCACCAUGACACGUCUUCAAGAGGGCCAGCAGUAUCUGUUGCUGGCUCUGGAGACGGGAUUCGGCCGACUGAAGGCGGAUGUCGCCGAAGGCCGUUAUGGCGACACGCAGAUCUACCGCACACACUGGGAUAAUACGGACCAGCCAUACGCUCGUGUACGGCUCUGGAGCAGACUAGCGUGCGAUAGCCCACAGAGCCGAGACGGCGGCAGGAGGAUACGGAGGCUAUCAUUCGCACGGAAUGUCGCGACAUUGAUCCACGAGUUGGUGCACGCGUACCUCGGCAUUUUCGUCUGCGCAGGUGCACAGUGCCGAAGAAACAUCCUCAACACAACCGGCGUGACCGGACACGCCUCCACGUUCACCAAGCUUUACGCCCUGGUUCUGGGGGAGGUCCGGGAGUGGCAUCCCGAACUCGGGUCCCUGAACAAACACGAAUGCAUUCCCGGCACUUCGAUCGUCAGUCAUAAUAUCGCCUUCGAGGCCGCGGCGCGUCAGCAAUGGAGAUCCGACGGCCGAGACCGAGGCCUGCUCCCCCUCAGGGCAGACAGCCCCCGGAAUCUCGUCCGUCAAACGGAGGAGGUGAUCAACGGCAUAUCCGUGAUGAGCAUCACUUACCGCAGGCCUGGGUCGAGGAUCCCUGGACAGGAGGAGGCUGACGGGAGCUGCGACGUGGAUGGCGUGUAA